AUGACGUCGAUCUUGCCCCCUUUCCCGAAGUUUGUCUUCGCCAUCUUCGAGCCCAUUUCACUUGUAGCUGGCUUCAUAGGCGCGAUGAUCUCCCCAGAGUGGUUUAUCGAGGAGCAAAUUGCAUCCUCGCAACAUGUAUCUAUCAGUGAUAAUGCACGGCUUGUUGCUCUACAAUUAGGCAAUAUUUACCUUCUACUGGCCAUGAUAGGGGUUGCAGUUCUUUACAGCACGCAAGAGGCGAAAGUCAUUAGGAAUUAUCUCAUUGCUUUGUGGCUGGCUGAUAUUGGCCAUCUUGCUGUUACCUAUCAUGUUUUGGGAUGGGAUAGCGUCGUGGAUAUUGCCGAAUGGAAUUCAAUGACUUUCGGGAAUAUAGGAGCAACCCUGUUCCUGUUCUUAACGCGAUCAGCAUAUCUUCUCGGCAUGUUCGGCCCAAAUAAAAAGAGCACCACAAAGCUUGCUUGA